AUGGAAAAUAUAGCAAAUUAUGUGUGCGGAAGUCCCUGCCUCUUGCAGCAUGCGCAAUCAGGGAACUGUUUGGGUUUCUUUCCUUCCUGGACGUAUAAUCCCAACACAGGGCGGUGUCAGGAAUUCGUCUAUGGCGGAUGUGGUGGAAACAGGAACCGUUUUAACACUUUAAUGGAAUGUCGCCGUGUGUGUGAUAGAAAUGACGGACCUGCUCCUGGAAUGUGUCGUUUGCCUGGUAACUCCGGUCCAUGUCGGGCCUUCAUCCCUCGUUGGAGCUGGAGUAUGGCUAGCGGUCAGUGUGAGCGAUUUAUCUACGGCGGCUGCGCAGGAAACGGAAAUAACUUCAUUACCCGACAGCAGUGUGAGGACACCUGUGGUAAUGCCGGAGGCGGAGGAGGAGCUGUCAGUCGUGUUUGUAUUUUACCAGAAGUAACGGGACCUUGUCGAGCCAGCAUUCCCAGGUGGCACUUUAACGCGGCAACGAGAAGGUGCGAGAGAUUCAUUUAUGGCGGUUGUCAAGGCAACGAAAACAAUUUUAAUACAUGGGGGCAGUGUCAACGUGUUUGUGGUCAAAGGGCUGGCUAAUUGGCGCUUAUACAAUAUUGUUUCAUUAAGAGUUUUAAUUAAUCUGAUGGUUCAUUUUUUAGAAGUGCAUCUUAUUUUUUACUCAAGUAGGUUUUCAUAUAGUUUGGAAUAAAUUUAAAAAUGGUUAAGUUGAUUGAA